UUAGCGCCAAAUCCAGUUGGCUUCCAAACAAUUGAUUUGUAGAAACUCAAAUUUUUUUCCAAAAUGAAUACUUUAACGAUAUUAAUUUUUGUAGCACUUUUUGCGUGUGCUAUGAGUAAAAAUGGAGUGAGAACGUUGACAGAAUCCCUAGGACAGGAGGUUAUAGAAAUUGGAACACCGAUAAAAGAGUUGCCGGCCGACAUAGAAGAGGAACCGUCGAUUGAAAAUGAGGAGGACGAGCACGUGACCACCCCCACGCCCAUCACCAGCGUCACCACCACCAAGCCGAGCACCAAGAGGGACCCUAAGAAACCAGCAUUGUUAACAACAUCGCGCCCUAGAAAGGCGAAUGCUAUACUGAAUAGUGAAGAAGAGGAAGACAGGAUUGAGAAAGAGCUAGCAGAUAUAUACAAGGAUACCAUUGACUACAGAGACAGCGCUGAGACAACGUCAUUAGUUGUGAUGAAGAUCGUGCCAGCGCUGAACAAGACCACGGCCACUGUCAACCAGGGGAACUCGUCCAAAUCUAUACUGAGGAGUAACGACAGAGAAAACUUUAAGUUCCAACCGGACCCGUUCAACAAAGCAGAGAUCGAGCGAUUCCGCACGUCCGUGGACGAUAUCAGCUGUGGGAAGAAACUUAAGGCUCCUGACGACAAGAAGGGAUCUGGGAACUACAGCUUCAGGAUCGUUAUGAACAUAUUAGUAUUUAACUUCUGUUUAUUUGCAAGGCUAUUGAUUUAAAUAAAUUAACUUUGUGUGAUUUUA